CACAAACAUCCAAUAAUGCUUUGUUUCUUUAUCUUGUCCAAUCAGAUUCACAUUAGGACAGCGCUGCAUCACCAUGGGGGGACUAUAAGAAGUGUGAGAGUCCUGCAGGAAGACACCAUCAGGUCCAAAUUCUCCUGCGGUUCAGGUCCUCUCAACUCAGCAGCCAUGAAAUUCUCCCUCAUCGUAGCCGUUGUCGUGCUUGCUCUGGCACAAGGAAGCUUUGCUCAAGAUGCAACCACUGAGCUUGAGAAACUUGGUCAAUACUUUGAGCAGAUGAAGAACAAGAUGGUCCAGGACCUGACCGAGAUUGUCCGCAACCAGGACCUGGCAAACCAGGCUCAGACUCAGCUGCAGCCUCUGGUUGCUCAGAUUCAGGAGCAGCUGAGGACUGUUGCCACCAACGUCGAGGAGCAGAUCAAGCCCCUGACAGCCAACGUGCAGGGUGAGGCUCAGGUCCAGCUCGAGGCCUUCAAGACGCAGCUCCAGACCAUCUUUGCCAGCCUGAUGGAGCAGACCAAAACCAUCACCAACUAAACAAACUGUCCUCUGAAAAAAGAUGCAAACCUGCCACCACAACAUCUUGCAUCUGAUGGCUGGCCUGAGAGUGCAGGCAGACGUACAUACAUCAGCCUGAGAUGUGUUUCAGUGAUAGUUGACAUCAUAAUCUCUGUCAAAAAAAGCACAAUAAAAACUUGAAACACAA